ACCUGUCUCCUUUCUUUUCACAGGCGGUGAUGGUGCCUCAAGGUGGCGGACAGCUGUGGGUCUUUGGAGGGGAGUUUGCCUCUCCCAACGGAGAGCAGUUCUACCACUACAAGGAUCUCUGGGUACUGCAUUUGGCCACCAAGACCUGGGAACAAGUCAAAUCAACAGGGGGUCCUUCAGGUCGGAGUGGACAUCGGAUGGUGGCCUGGAAGAGACAGUUGAUCCUUUUUGGUGGCUUCCAUGAAAGUGCACGGGAUUACAUCUAUUACAACGACGUGUAUGCCUUUAAUCUGGACACCUUCACGUGGAGCAAGCUGUCCCCGGCUGGGACAGGGCCCACACCCAGAUCAGGCUGCCAGAUGUCCGUCACUCCUCAAGGCGGCAUCGUCCUCUACGGGGGCUACUCGAAACAGAGAGUCAAGAAGGACGUGGACAAAGGCACGCGGCACUCAGACAUGUUCCUGCUGAAGCCAGAGGACGGAAGAGAAGACAAGUGGGUGUGGACUCGGAUUAACCCUUCAGGGGUCAAGCCCACUCCACGGUCUGGCUUUUCUGUGGCCACGGCCCCCAAUCACCAGACCCUGUUCUUCGGGGGUGUCUGUGAUGAGGAAGAGGAGGAGAACCUGGAGGGAGAGUUCUUCAACGAUCUGUACUUCUAUGACGCCACCAGGAACCGGUGGUUUGCGGGACAGCUGAAGGGACCCAAGUCCGAGAAGAAAAAACGUAGGCGGGGCAGAAAAGAGGAGCCCGAAGGUGUCAGCAAGCAGGCGUGUGGGAGAGCCAGCGCCCAAGGGCCCGUGGAGGUAGUCAAGGAGGUGGUGGCUGAGGAUGGGACCGUGGUCACCAUUAAGCAGGUGCUGGCCGCCCCAGGCUCAGUGGGGCAGCCCCAGUCUGCGGAUGAAGACAGCUCCGAGGAGGCCGACGGCCCCGUGCCCGGACCAUGUCCACGCUCCAACGCCAUGCUGGCUGUGAAGCACGGGGUGCUCUACGUCUACGGGGGCAUGUUUGAGGCCGGAGACCGCCAGGUCACCCUCAGCGACCUGCACUGCCUGGACCUGCACAGGAUGGAGGCAUGGAAGGCCUUGGUGGAGAUGGACCCAGAAACUCAAGAGUGGCUGGAGGAGACGGACUCGGAAGAGGACAGUGAGGAGGAGGUUGAGGGCGCCGAGGGUGGAUGUGGGGACGAGGACAGUGCAGAGGAGAGCAGCGCGGAGGACUGAGGUGGGAUCGAAAACAAGGGUGGUGAGGAGACUCCCCUCCUGGUGGAGCCAGCACUGGGCAGGUGGGAGUGCCCCUGGGAGAGGGCUAGAAGCUGACUGGACGGUGGGCACCUGCGAGCACCUCCGUGCUCCCUCAGCCACUCUGUCCUCACGCUCCAGGUGGGCCCAGCAACACCCAGGUCACCUUGGGGCAGCAGCUUCAGAAUUAUCGCUUCUGAGGAUCAUCUCAGGCACUUGGCCCGCUCUUCCCCAGCAGGGGCACAUACUGAGCUCCCUGGUCAGCCAGGUGUUCCGGAAGCAUGGGUAGGUGGCACUCAAACUGGCCCUGAGGGCCCCGCCCACUGCCAUGGGUGUGACCUCACUUGAGACUUCCAUUCUCACUUGAUGGGAAAGCUGAUGAGAAAGGGGAAGGCUCUGGGCACUGCCUGCUGCCUGGUUGGGACACCUGUCCGCUGCGUCCAGACGUGGGUGGCAGUGCGGCCAGGGUGAGGCUGCAGGCGCUGGCCCUCCCCGUCUGCCCUGAGGGCUGCAGCUUGGGUUUGUGUUGUGAGGCUUUGGCAGCCAGUUGGGCAUUCUGUCUUGAGUGCUGGGCAUCAGGGUGCUUCACACACUCCGCUGAGCGGCUUGGGAGGUGCUUGGGCAGGGCUGAGAAGCCGGAGCCCAGGCGGCUGGGUCUGCGUCCCCACACCUCUGCCUAGGCCCGCCCAGGCUCCUCGGCUCCUCAUCCAGAAGAUGGACCCCGUUGUGUGGCUGGUUCUUCCUUCCCUCCUGCUUUUGGAGGAAGGAAUGGAAAGAUCUUGGUGGCUUCCAUGCAGUUGUCUGUUAGUAGAGACUGUUUUUCUUCCAGAGGAGCCUGUCACUAAUUAGGUGGGAUUCCAAGGAAACAUGCUUUUGAAUCAACCAGGUUGAAAGAAAAAUGACAAGCCAAGAGGAAGAAACUUGUGGUACACUGUCUGGUACAGAAAGUAUUUUGUUUUUAUUGCUGAAGAUCUAGUUUGAAUGAAAGAUGCUGAUCAGAACCAAUGGGGGUAAGACAGACAAGCGCGCAGCACGGAGUGGCUGCCGUGGCCGUCAUUCAAACACUGACAGCGCACCUUAAAUGGGGAACUGUGGGGGACAUGGAACAGCACGCAGAAUGGUGGACUCCUCUGCAGAGCUGUGCUUGCCCCAAGGGCCUGUGUUCUGUCCUGUCUGCUGGAGCCCAGUUUUACGGAACCGAACCACUCGGUGUCCAGAUAGCCGCCAUAGGGCGUGAGCGGCCGGCACAAAAGCCCAGGGCCUCUGUGUCCCAGGAGCUGCUGGCGCAGCGCCUCGGGGACACGCCAUCCUCGGUGCUGCCUUGUCGCCUGGUUCCUUGGUGUGGUGAGCUGCUGGCUGUUAGGAAGCCUUUUGCUCAGCUCCAGCCCUCCCACACAGCCCCCGGACCCCUCCCUGGAGGGUGGGCAGACGUGCAAGGUGAGGAGUCUGGCCAGUUCACUUGGCAGCAGGGCCACGGCUCCUCACAGAGCUUUGUGGGAUGUUAGGUAUGAACUGUCUUGUUCUCCAUUCUCCCUGCUUCCCACUUAAGCCAUGCUCUGUGUGAGGAUGAACUGGAGGAAUUGGCCACAAGUGGUGGCUUUCUUGGUGGUUGGUAGGGGAAGUGGGGGGAGGGUGUUGGAUGGAAUGAUCAUCAAGGGAACCACCCGUUGAACCUGGAAAUCCUUGUCAGGCAGUUACUUUGUGUUUGUUUUUAGAUGAGAGCAGUGUUGAUUGCAGUUUGACAUCUGAUUUUUUUAAAUUGAGUUGGUAUCAGCAGGAUGUCAUUGGCUAGGUGACAGUUACAAAGUCACUGAGGGACCAAAUGCCAAGAUGCCUUUGGUGAGAGAGACCCCUUCCAGGACUUUGCAUGGGAGCUGGAGGGUGCCCUCAGGAGCCACCUUCCACCUGACAUUCAGGUAACCAAGUGAGACACUGCACUGGAUGUGGCCCUCGGGUGUUGCAGUGAGAAGGUGGUGCCAUGUGCUUUCAUCAGGGAGCGCUCUGCCUUCCCCUGGAAGGUCUGGGGGAUGGAGAAGGGGCCGAGCUCUAGCUGUGGUGAACACAGCCUCAGCCUGCCUUCCUCUGUGCGUAGAAGGAACUUGUUAAUAACCGCUGCUCUCCUGGGCAGUUAGAGUGUUGUUUGGAGGCCGUGGGCCCUGGAGGCCAGUCUUGUUUUCGUAACCCACGUGGCUCCUGGCACGUGUUGCCGUCACCUUCAUUUCUCUUUGACAAGAGCUGCAGCAGUGCCAUCUGGGGCCUGGCCACACUGGGUCACUGGGACCCUGCUGACAGUGGUGUCCCGAGGCACACAAGCAGUCCCUGCUGGAAGCCGAUGUACGGUCACGGCCAAGGGUCAUGCAGGUACCACAGUGACCCAGCUUCCCCAAGCCCAGCUCACGCCCCUCGUUUUCCUUGUCUGAACCCCCAGAGCCCUUCCAAGCCCCAACUGGUUGUAGGCUACCCAGGGGAGCCACCCAUAGAGGCAGGACUCAGAGGCAUCACUGAGGCGUGAGAGGUGCAGGUUUACAGAGCUCUGGCUGGGGAGGAGGAGAUCGAAUAACCGCUUCCUGAGAGACGGAAAUGGAGACAUUUAAUUACAUGAACGCUUGCAUUUUAAAAAGUCGCCUGUGCGCUCCCCGAGGGCAGAGCCUGCCUCUCCGGUUAUUUUUGUGUCCUCCAUUCACUGACAGGCUGUGACAAGCCCUGGUCCCACGCUGCCUGCAGACACCGUAGCUCCCGAGUGAGGAUCUGGGGCUGGGGGAGGCAUGCUCUGGCCACCGUGGGUGAGCCAGCCGCACAAGACCCCGUGUGUGCAGACCCGGACACCGCAGGACUCUCGAGAUUCGUGCUCACCACGCGUUUCCUACUCAGAAGCCAGGAGAGCCUCCACGCGCAGCCCAGCUCUGUCUUCACGGCUGCCACGCAGCUCUGCAGUGGAAGAACUGCCGGUAAAGACGCGGGUUUGUCAUGAGACGCGACAGGCAUUCCAAAGUGUCAGACGUUGCUUAUUACUACAAGGAACAAAAUUUUUCUUCACUGUUGACAGCGUUUCUUGCUUUCCUAACAGUAUGAUUUAAACUGUUACAUUCAUUUAGGAAAAUUAUUUGAUUUCCAUUUUGUAAGUAUCCAAGCUCUUUCCAGCUAAAAGCAAAGAAAAAAGGCUGAGGUAACUUUUUAAACCACUUCGUCAGUAAGAAAAGUUUUGUCACUGCACAGAAUGACUGUGCACGGUGGUAGCAGACAGCUGACAUGUGCCGGGGCAGACUUGGAAGAAAAUGUGGGUUAACCCCGUUGUAGGUCCCAGUUCCUGUAGAGGUGUUGGCAGCAGGGUGAGGCUUCCGCAGCUGGGGUGAGGGUGAGCGAGGGUGCGCCCUCCCGGUGCUUCCCCUAGCCCGGAAGCCCCUGCAGCUUUGAUGUCUGCUGGGCUCUGGGGAUGGGAUUUCCGUGGAAACAGCAGAUGGUUCAGGUGAGCAGAGUCCAGCUAGAGAGGCCCGCGCUGCGUCCACGAGGGGAUGGCAUCAGCAGAGGGCCAGCCCCCAAGGAGGCUGUGGAUGCCCCCAGGAAGGUGCUGCAUGAGGAAGUCUGCUCUGAUGUGGCUGCACUUAGGGACCCUGGCUCCCCAGAUGCCCAUGUGAGAAAGCUGGGGGUUCCCAGUGUGGGGGUGCAGGAUGGGCCAGACACUGCCCUGCAAGGCUCACCCCCCCUGCCCCUGCAUCCUCACACCCUUCUUCCUCUCUCAGCCUGACCCAGGGCCUGGGAGCCCCCAGCAGACUGGCCCUCCUCGGUGCCUGGCAGAGCUUCUGUGGAGGAGGAGUUGGCUGUAGAGGUCAGGGGUGGCAGCCUUUGGUCUGAGAGGCCAUUGGUGGUAAUGGUUGAACCCAGCUCCGGUGGAAUCUCCUGGUCGGUUCCACACACAAUCGUGCAGGAAGCUCUGGGACCGGAAGACUGUUCUGAUCUUAGGGGUCAGAAGUUCUCACGGUAGCCUCGGGUCGUUGGGCCAGACCCGGCAUUAUUCUCUGCAAGGGACCAGACCCAGUGUUAACGUCUGCAAGGAGCCCCUUGGCUACUGGGCUGAGCUUCCUUGCAGGCCCUGGAACAUGACCAAGAAGGGCAGAGCAGAACGCCCACCAGCCACUGCUGGGAGGGCCCCAGGGAGCAGGUGCACAGCAGAGCCCCACCUCAGCCACUCCCUGGGCUCGAAGAGGCUUCCUCAGUGUGGAUGGCAGCUGUUAACAAGUAGUGGUGGGUGCAGCUGAGGCACAGUCAAGGCAGGAAGGAAGGAUGGCAGACAGGCAGGCAGUGUGGGCCUGAGCAGGUGGCCUAGGCACACGAGAAGAGUGUGUCCGAGAGAGGAUGUUUAUCCCAAAUGCCAGGAGUGGACGAGGCCGAUGAGUGGCUGUGAGGUAGGGGUGUGAGGUUGUUGCCUGGCUUGCUCUGCCAACCGCAGAAACCCGGCCGCCUGGGCCUGGCACCCAGACGCACAUGGAGUGAGCUCCCGCAUGACAUGUCCCCAUCACGGGGCUGCUUGCAUCUCCCAGGCUUGGGAAUUAGUUGGCACAGAAUGUCGUGGCCGCAUUCACAGCUCAGGCCCUUCUACUUUGGGUUCAUGAAGAAACAGACUUAAAAAGCAUGUGUUCCUAAUGGGUAGGCCGCAGUCUGGGAGGAGCAUUUCACUUCAGAGCGUGGUUUUUCCUAUUUCUGAGCAUCCUGCCACCCUGUUGCUGAGCAGGGUGGCUGAGGUCCUCUGCUCUAGUGGUGUUGACUGUCACUCUGCAGCCAGCGCCAGGUGCCGGCCCUUGCCUCUACUGGUCAGAAAGCGCUUCCCGGUUUGCCCUGGACCCUGGUUCUGUCCCUCUCCAGCACUCGCCCCGCCCCGGCGUGCGUUCCAUAGUUCAUUUUCUAGGCAUGGGACGCAUCGUUAAAAUACAGAGUGGCUUGUUUUCUUUUAAAAAAGGCAGCUGCACUUCUCCUUGCCUGUUUGAAGGCUGGGCCAGCAACCUUCUUGGCACUUGGGAACGAUCGCUUCCUGAGUUUCUGCUUACCGACUGCCUUGCCUGACACAUGGCCUGGGCACCAGAGAAGCUAAAACAGGUGCCCAAGCUGAAUCCCUUUGCCCUCUAACCUCCUCCCUCUGCCUCACCUGGAAUUGGGGCUCUGGGCCUGAGCCUGGGCCAGAGGGUAGACCCUGGCCCGGGCGAGGCUAAAGGCGCCGCGGGAGGGCAGUGUCCUGAUGACCUCAAGCGUGCUGUGCGAGGCACUGUCGGCCGGCUGAAGGGAGACGCCGUCAUGGCACCUGCAGCUAUGGAAGGUGAUGUCCAAGCAUCUAAUAGGCACCUUGAUGCCAAGUCUCCAAGACCAAAGGCAACAACAGUCGGAGCAGACUUAGGAUCCAAGAAACUGAGCAUGAGCUCGACUUACUGCACACGUGAGGGUGGAAUCUGCACCGUCCCAUGAAGACGCUGGGGGAGAGGUCUUGGAUGUGCCUCCCUGACACAGCCCAGGAGCGCCAGCAGCUUGGGGGCCGGGGCCGCCAUAGGCCCCGAGGCCUCUUCACUCCCAUGGGUCCAGCUGGUGAUAAAACUUCCCAGGGAAGUAGUAAAGGACAACCAAAAUCCUGAACUGAAAAAACAUGACCAACGGAAACACUUGGGUUUUUGCUCAGGCUCUCCCUUUAGGUCUGCAGUACUCUGGGGUGACUGAUGGCUGUCAGUGAGGCGGGGUGGCCGUGUGGUUCUUGAAAAGGAGCAAGUGUGGUUGCUCCUGGACUGUGGACGCCCUGUGGACCUCUGACCCAUGGCCUGGCUUGCGGCCUCACAGGGAGUGAGUUGAGUGCACGCAGGGGAGGGCCCGCUGUUCGACAGUGUGUAUCUUCCAGCCCCGCUGGGAUGCCACAGGAGAGGCCCUGCCUGCGCGGUGUGCUUGCACUGCAGAGGACGGGGAGCUGCACACUCUGUCUUCGCACCUGCCCUGCUUCUCCACGUCACCUCCGUCCCCCUUGUCAGUGAGCUUGGCUCAGGCACUGCAUGCCUCAUCUGUGUCUCCGGGAAUCCUGUGACCUGAUGGUCCUAGAUCCGAAAGCAUGGGCAAUGUCUCAGGUGCCCGAAAUUAGCCAGGCACAUUCUGUGGAUUCCUGAGCUUCAGAAGGCACUGAUCCACCCACGGUGCAGAGACUGGUAAGGAGAACUGGACAGCCAUGGGCACACACAGGGUCACCAGAGGCCCUGGGCAGAGGGUCUUCUCCAGCUCUUCCAGGGCACGGCUGGAGUCCUGAUCUGCUCCUGGGCUAGAGGUGGACCUGUCCACAGGGUGGCAAGGAUAGGGAGAUGCCAGCCUGGCCCAUGGCAGUCCACCACCCCCACACCCAGACCACGCUGCUGUCUCCAGGGGAUGCUACUUUCUCCUGGCCUCUGGGUUGUACAGGUAAAGCUUGGAAGAAGCUGUAGGGGAGGAAAAUGGCUCUGAGCAGUCUGCUCUGGGAUGAAUGAAAACUUGUCAGACUGUCCAUGCAGCAGCAGCCAGCCUGGCACACACUGCGGUGCCCAACUGUGUGGAGGGAAGCACACAGCCCUGCGCCCGUGUGGAAGGACUGUGUGCCCGUCAAGGAAGGCCAAGGCUCCAGACAGGUGGGAAAGCAGCCUUCUUGAUCACCCGGUUUGGAAACGAAUUACAGAUUGGAUUCUCUCUGACCAGGUGCAUUUUAGCCUGGUUGAAUCUUCCUGUAAUUCAUGGAGGAGUGGCUCUCGCCUCUGCCUUUGCUGCUGGAAGGCAAGGGGUCGGGCCUUGGCUUCAUUUUCUAGGUUAUGCACAGCAGCAGAUGACGGCCCCUAGGCCUGGAUCCGCAAGGCUUCACUCAGAGACCCCUGCUUCCGUGCGCGUCUCAUGUGAACAUGUAUUCUGCUCACAGGUACCUUUGUGUGUCAUGCAGUUACUGGAACAUACUAAAGCAGCCUGUGAUCUUUGCAAAGAGUUGCAGACAAUUACAAAACACAUCUCCCAGCGGGGGUGAUUCUUAGAGCUGCAAAGAGCAGGAAUCUUUAUUUGGUUCACUUUAGGUCUGCAGCAACCACUUGGUAUUUAAAAAAUCAGAAAAGUAAGAUGUACAAAAAGAAGUCACAUCCCUUUAGAAAGCAACACGAUCAGAAAUGUAUGACCUCCAGCUCUCCCUCCCUCUCCUGUGCCCCCCACACCAGACUGCCAGAAGGAACCGGGGAGUGAAUGUGUAACGGAAAACAGUAAAACUGAAUUUAACUGGAA